AACUUUCAGAAGUUGAGCUGACUGUUACUAGAUGACACCACUGAAGUGUGACAUAACCUCAAAUUUUUACAACAAAAACGCGCCAAUAGUGAUUUUUUUAGAUUCUUUAAAAUAAUGAAAAAAGCGAAAGUUUUUAAUGGCCUUAAACACAACUCGAAAAUUUCGGAUUUUUUCGCAAAAUGCCCAAAAGGCUCAACGACUGAAAAUUGUGUAAAGACUGAACCCCGGUCACCUGAAGUGUCGCCAAGUUGCAAACGAAGGAAAAUCACCGAAAACAGCAACCCCUUUGGCGUAAAUGUGAUUAAAACCGAGCCCUUGUCUCAAAUUUGUGACUGUGGGGGUAAUUUCAAAGUUGCCACACCUGAAAAAUGCUUCAAACCGUCCAAUUCCAUGAAAACACCAACUCCGAAGAAAAAUGGGGGCUUGUCCGGGUCAAAGAGGAGAACCACACCGAAAAAACUGUUUGAAAAGUCGCCGAGGAAGUUGGAGGAGUUUAAUGUACAAAUUUUGGAGGAUUUUGUCAAAGUGUCUCCGAGCACCUCAAACAAAAAAAUCAUAAUAAGAGAUACUCCAACCAAAAAGCACUCGCCCAGUACAUCUCGGUUUUCCCCCGCUCAAAAACGCAACGAGAACACCCCUCGCAAGUCGGGGGUCCCCCAAACUCGACUAAAUUUCACCGAUGAUUCAAUGGAAGACUUCGGUGAGUUUUUUGACGAUUUAAUGGCCCAGAAUUUGGAUUUAGGGGAACCCCAACACUGCAAAAUCGUCCAAGUGACACUCCAGGGUGCCAAAAUCGUCCUAAGUUUAAAAUCGAAUCAAAAAACUGGAUUUUGUCACGUUGAGGAAUUUUGGGCGUCCAGUAACCGGUUCAAAGUCGGCGAUUGUGUCUAUAUUACGGCUGAAAAAAACUCGAACGGUGAUUGGGUGGUUAACAAUACCACGGGUUGGCUUGUCUACCAACCAGAUUUGUUGAUUUCUUGCACUUCAGUCGUUGGGAGUUUAUUCUGCAAACGCAAGGCUGUUUUAUCGGACCGUUUUCGCGGUUUUGAGGCAACAAAUCGAAUCAUGAUAAUUGGGACUUUGGCCCACACCCUCCUCCAACAGAGUUUGAGGAAAAAGCUGACUCAAAGGACACAAAUUGAGGCGGUUUUGAACAAUUUACUCGCAUCCAAAGACACUGUUAAACAACUGUACACAGCUGGUUUAACAAUCGGCGAGAUUGAGUCCGAAUUGGAGGUGUUUGUCCCCAAAUUGGUCACUUUUAUCACCGACCACAUUGGGGGCCAAAUCACCGAUAUUGAGGACAUUGAGGAGAAUCUCUGGUGCCCCCAGUUGGGGCUCAAAGGCAAGAUUGAUGUCACUGUACGGUCACAAACCGGGGUUAUGCCCCUCGAGGUGAAAACAGGCCGAGCAACGGUCUCACUCGAACACCGAGGUCAAGUCGUUUUGUAUUUAAUGAUGAUGAACAAAUUUGGGUUUAAUGUCUCAACAGGCUUGUUAUUUUACUUAAAAGAGGGCGUUUUAAAAGAAAUCAAAGCAACGAAUCAGGAAAAACGCGACGUUAUGAUUUUACGUAACGAAUUAGCGUAUUUUUUAGGUAGUGAAAAAGGGGAAUUACCCGAACCGUUGAAAAAUCACCGUGCUUGUCACAAAUGUGGUUUUAAUACUGUUUGUAGUGCUUAUUUGAAAUUUGAGGAUCAUGAUUUGACGAAAAAUCAAGUUAUGCAAGAGGUACAAAAAAACACAAUUGGACAUUUGAGUCAAACACAUUUAGAUUAUUUCCUCAAAUGGAGUAAUUUAUUGAGUAUGGAAGCUGAACACAAUAAAGGAUCCAAGUCGGUACAACAGAUUUAUACUUUACCACCUGAAAAAAGAGAGGCUUUAGGCCGGUCAAUUGCCAACCUAAGAGUGACUUUUAUUGAAAAUGAAACUAACGGUUUAUUUAAACACUUUUUGGAGAAAGAAAACCCCAGUGGGGCCAACCUGAUGGUUUCCAACAUCACUGAAAAUAAUUACAUAGUUGUCAGUACUGAUUCACGGCCUGCUAUUGCGUCAGGUUUUGUUAUUGAAAUCUCCCCAACUAGGAUUAUUGUUGUUCUUGAUCGCAAUCUGGGGGUGAAAUAUCACAAUCAAUUGUUUCAUGUCGACACUUAUGACUCAAAUGUCACUUUUACUUUUAACAUGAUGAGUUUGGGGCUACUUCUUGAGAAUUCUGAACGAGGUGAUGAGUUAAGGAGUAUCAUAAUUGAUAAAACUCCGCCCACUUUUGCCCCCAAAUUACCGUCAAUUGUGGCAAAAAAAGGGGCUCCGAUUUUGCGACGUUUGAAUCAUGUACAACAGAAGGCUGUGCUCAAGGCACUCUGUGCUAAUCAAUUCUUACUAAUUAAAGGCAUGCCAGGGACUGGUAAAAGCGCCACAAUUGUGGCCCUAAUCCAACUACUAGUCGAAUUAAAUAAAAGUGUCCUUAUUACUAGUCAUACGCAUUCCGCAAUUGAUAAUAUUUGUAUCCGUUUGCAAAAACUCAACGUCGAUUUUAUUCGUCUUGGGUCUGAGAGUAAAAUUGAUCCGAAAUUGAAACCAAAUCUCGAGACAACUCUUACAGAAAAAUGCACAACACCUGAGGAAAUGAACGAAGUUUAUAACAAAUUUAACGUAAUAGCGGUCACGUGUCUUGGCUCCGCCCACCCUCUUCUCACCAAACGUACAAUAGACAUAUGUAUAGUCGAUGAGAGCACACAAGUGCUCCAAACAUCAGUCAUUAAGCCUCUAUUCGCCGCCAAAACCUUCAUUCUGAUUGGUGAUCCCCACCAACUCGCACCUCUAGUCCGCCAACGUGAUGCUUUAGAGGCGGGAAUGUCGGAAAGUUUGUUUGAACGACUCGAGGAGUCCGAAGGGACAAUCGCCCUAAAUCUCAACUAUCGAAUGAAUAAGACAAUCACCGAUUUGGCCAACACUUUGACGUAUCAAGGUCAAUUACAAACCGCCAAUGAGGAGGUGGCAAACCGUGUCUUAAAACUCCCCCACUUUGAGGUUGUUAGAAACGAGUAUAAGGAACAAUCAUGGGUUUUGGAGGCACUUGAUGUGUCACUAGAGGCCGCUGUGCAAUUUAUCGACACCGGUCCUGUAUCCGAAUUGACCAAUCACGAUACGUGUGUCAAUGUUUGCGAAAUUGCAAUUGUUGUAACACUAGUCAAGGCUUUAAUACAGGGUGGCGUUGCAAGUGGUGAUAUUGGAGUGAUUGCAACAUAUAGGGCUCAAGUGUCACAAAUCGGUGAUUUACUCGAGAAAUAUCAAGUUGAUGUUAGUACAGUGGACCAGUUUCAAGGUCGUGAUAAAAGUGUGAUUAUUUAUUCGUGUACUAAAGCCACCAAUGCACGAAUUUCAACAAACCCACUUAAAUACGAAUUGUUGGAAGAUAAGAGAAGACUGACUGUUGCUGUGACUCGAGCCAAACGCAAACUGCUAAUAGUCGGAGAUUUGAGUACUUUAGAGAGGUAUAAAACAUUCUCGACCAUUUUAACCCACCUGGAAAAACACAUUAUUAAGUUUAAUUCUGAUUGGUCUACAUUGAACACGUGUUAAUUUUGGUUUUUUUUUUAUUUUUUUACUUUACUAAAUAAAAAUUAAACCCUAAUAUACAUAUUUAUUGAUAAAUAAGCGUGCAUCAUGGUCUAAAAAUAUGUCCAAUUGUAAAAUGACCACAAAACAUGAUAAAAAAUUGUUACAAAUCGGGGAUCAUUAUCUCCUUCAAAGCUCCAGGCCAACAAAUAUUAAUUGUAACAUUUUGUAACGUAUGUAACAUCAAAGUAACUAUUUUAUAAUUGAUACUGUUAUCACUUGUUGCCUGAAUACCAACAAGUUUCAUAUUAUCUUUUUUUUUAUUUUCAUUGACUUGUGUUAAACACUUUUGAAACGCCUCAAAAUCAAUCGAAUCCUUAAACGAUUUUUUCACAAUACAACCGUAAAGAAUAUUGUCCUCGUUUUGUUUAUAAUAGACAAUACUACCAAGA